AUGAGAACGGCAAAACCAGCAGCGCCCGAGGGCGCGGCCGGGACGAGUCGACGACAGCCAGUGCGCCAGACGCGAGUCAACCCGCCGCGCACCUCGUCGCUCAAUCGCGCCAACUCGCUGGCGGGCGCCCCGGCCCCAGAGCAGCCCAUCAACAUUCUGCCGGGUGUUACGCACUUCACCGAUGCGAUUACGGCCCUGCCUAAGGAGCUGGUCCGUCAUUUUACGCUCCUAAAAGAGGUUGACGCCAAGAUCUUCGCUCCCGAAGCCGCUCUCCUCGACCUCCUUCACGACACUCUCGACACGCCCGCGGCCGACUUUUCCAGACUGCUCAACAACGAUACCUCGAGCACCACCACCGCAUCUGUCGCUGCGCUCCCGAACGCUUCCACAACUGCCAAUCCUCCGGUGGCACCCCCCUCCGAGGGCUCGGCCACCAGCGUGUUCGACCCCUCCAACCUCCCGCGCCGAACCACAUUCCGCGACACCGCACUGAAAAUACAAGAGAUGCUCGUGUCGCUAGAGGAAAAGAACCAUGUCAUUGCUACUGCCAAUGACGCUUUGCAAAAGCAGCUGUCCCGCAUCGACGACAUCUGGCCGCACCUCCAGACGGAGUUCAGUGACGAAGCCAAAUGGGGCAGCACGACGCACUGGGCAUACGUGGAGAACAGACAGGCCAAGGCCAACGAUAAGCAGGCAGAGAGGUCUCGUCGCGAAGGCGCUGCUACGCUCUCCGCCGCUGCCCAAGCGCUGGCUGAAGAGGCCGCUGCUCGUAGCAACGACAGAAAGCAGGCCAUUGCCGCCAAGAAAAAUGCAAAGAACCAGGCGGCAGCAGAAGCCGAGGCUGAGAAAGCACAUGAGACGGGAAAGAAGACGCAGGGCAAGUCGAGGAAACCACUUCCUGACUCUGGCCCAGUUGGUUUGGGAAUCGCGCCCGGUGCUUCUGGGAGUAGCGCACCAGCUAAGCGGCGUAAGGUCGAGGCGAAAGCCAACGGAGCAGCUGCGGAGCGCGCAAUGGGGACGGUGUUUGGUGCAAAUGCUGCGAAGCGGGGGACUACCAGUCCUCGGGAAACACCGGCCCCUGAGGGCGGGAGCAAGAAGCGCAAGGCGCUUCCCACGUCCAGCGGCCAGGCGAAGAAGAGCAGGACUACGGCCGCCAUGUCGCCGUCCGUCACGUCCUCCCCUGUCAUCGGAACAUUCCCCGACCCUAUGCGGAAAGGCUCUCCAGCCCCAUCGGUCGCGGCCCCUAGACCGGCCUCCUCCCGCGCGCGCCAGAACUCCACACACUCGAACAUGGACAAUCCGCGUCAGCGGCGGUCGUCGGUAGCGUCCAGCAAACCUAACGGGAAUGUACUGGGCACCCCGGAUCUGGGGCAGGCAAGCAACGGGACGAAGACUGCCGCGGAUGGGAAGAGUCUAAAGGAAACCGCUCCAACCACGGCAAGCCGGGCAGGGCUCCUCAAGAUGGAGAUUGACGAAGCGCAGCCCGUGUUGGAGUCCGCACAGAACGGCGGCAAAGAGACCUCCGCGGCGAAUUCGAACGACGAAACAAGUGGACCAAAGGAGACAGUGCCCCUCAGCGUUCAGCCGACUGCACCAGCCAUGGCCAAAUCUAAGAGCGGCCGCGCAAGCAAGCCCUCUACUCCUGCAGCGGCAACAUUCGCUGAAGCAGGGCCAGGUAACAAUACCACCCGCUCUCGUCCUUCGCGGAACGCCGCUGACGGUGCUACGGGCUCUGCAGUUGGUCCCAACUCUGCUGCCGCCAACAACGCGAGCACAACGGCUGGCACGACCACAAAACGAAGUCACAAGAAAGGUGCCUCCAUCUCCGCGGCCUCCGCGGCCGUCCUCGCGCAAACCGCCAACUCAAACACAGCUCCUCACGGUUCCUCGGCUACAGGUCUGGGCAUUACCGCUGGCAAGGACAGAGCACGGUCGCAUGAUAAAGACGCCGCGUCAUCUGGCGGUACCGUCGUCCCAGCCGCCAGCGGCGGAAGCGGGAACACCACUGGCCGAAAAGACAAGACCGGCACCGGCGAUCUUCAAAGUGACAACGCCGAAAACCGGAACGGCAGCGGCACCAACGGGAAUACCGGGAACAAGAACGGCGGCGGUGCGGGGGUAGAAGAGGACGACGAAGACGAGGACGUCCAGGAUGUCGCGGAUGAAGAUGUCUAUUGCUUCUGCAACCAGGGGAGUUAUGGAGAGAUGGUGGCGUGUGAUGGAGAUGGGUGUCCGCGGGAGUGGUUCCAUUUGGAGUGUGUUGGGUUGAAGGUCGCGCCUAAGGGGAAUGCGAAAUGGUACUGUGAGGACUGCAAGAAGAGGUUGAAGAUUCCCGAGCGGAGGUGA